UAUAAUUAUGGGGGUGUCAAUUAAUAAUUGGACAUAGACCUAUAGACGGCAAGCAAGGAUGCGACCAAGAAGCCAUGAAUGAUUUGAUCUCGGGAAGAGUAGAAGAAGAAUAGAAGAUUGAGUGAGGGAGGGGAUAAGGUUAUUAAGGAAGGAGGAGUAGAAGGAAGAAGAGUGGUGGGUUGUAUGGCGGAGAUAAAGAUGAUAGGAGUGGUGGGUGGGGGCCAAAUGGGGUCAGGAAUAGCUCUCCUCGCCGCCGCAAACGGCAUACAUGUAUGGCUUCACGACACCGACCCCAACGCUCUCUCCAGAGCCCAGAAAUACGUUUCCACUUUCGUACAAUCCCUCGUUUCCAAAGGACACCUCUCUCAGGCUGCAGGUAGUGAUGCUCUCAUACGCCUACAGUGUACCUCAAACUUGGAAGAUCUUCAGUCUGCUGAUGUUAUUAUUGAAGCCAUUGUGGAAGCUGAGGAUGUGAAGAAAAAGUUAUUUUCAGAAUUAGAUAAGAUCGCAAAAGGUUCAGCCAUUUUAGCAUCUAAUACAAGUUCUAUCUCAAUUUCCCGUUUGGCAUCUGUGACAAACAGGCCACAGCAGGUGAUUGGCAUGCAUUUUAUGAAUCCUCCCCCAAUAAUGAAACUGAUUGAGAUUGUUAGAGGCGCAGACACGUCAGACGAAACGUUUAGUUCAACAAAAGCCUUGGCAGAAAGGUUUGGCAAAACAGUAAUUUGCUCUCGGGAUUAUCCUGGCUUCAUUGUAAAUCGAAUCCUGAUGCCAAUGAUAAAUGAAGCAUUUUACGCACUCUAUACUGGGGUGGCAACAAAGGAGGACAUCGAUACUGGAAUGAGGCUGGGAACAAAUCAUCCAAUGGGUCCUCUAACACUUGCAGAUUUCAUCGGAUUAGAUGUGUGCUUGUCGAUAAUGAAAAUUCUUCAUGCCGGCCUCGGGGACAGUAGGUAUGCUCCCUGUCCUCUUCUUGUGCAGUAUGUCGAUGCUGGUCGCCUUGGAAGAAAACGAGGCAUUGGUGUGUAUGACUAUCGCAACGUAGCUGAGAAAACUGGACCGUUAGCUCGACUUUGAAACUGUUAAAAAUUAUGUAUAAUAAUAUUCCCCAAUGGGGGGGAAUAUAAUGAGGAGGCGAGGGAAGAGCACUCGAGCCAAGCUCAAUUUCACCAUCGAAGAAAAUAAAUCCCCGAUGGAAGCUAAAAUUUUAUAUAUUUGCAAGAGUCUGUAUGCAUGUUAGACAUCAUCAAUUUGUAUGCAAUGACUUUUGGGAAGCAAGCAGUAGAACCUAAAUAAUACCAUGGAAAUUACUGUGAUAUUUCAUAAUCCUCAGAAGGUGGUUUAUGUGUGUGUGAGAGAGAUAAGAGAAAUCAGAACUAGACAAUUUUCAUGA